AUGAAAUGCAAUGAACAAGUCGUGGCUCUUGUAAAGAUUUUAACAAAUGAAUUCAACGAAAAUGAAAGCAGCAGUUUAAAAGUUGUAUUGGAGGCUAUUAACAAAUGUGAAAGACAAAAGAGUGAUUUUCACUUACGGUUAGCAAAGUCUUUUGGAACUUGUUUAAAUCUGACCAAUUUGAAUUUGUAUUACAAUGGUAUUGGUGGUGCCGGUGCUACAUCUAUUGCUGAGGCCAUCAAAGUCAACAAGACGCUAACCAAUUUGGAUUUGUCUGACAAUGGUAUGAGUGAAGCCGGCGCUACAUCUAUUGCUGAGGUAAUCAAAUUCAACAAGACGCUAACCAAUUUGAAUUUGUGUAGCAAUGGUAUAAGUGAUGCUGGAGCUACAUUUGUUGCUGAGGCAAUGAAAGUCAACUAG